UGUUAAUUAAGUGCUAUAUAUCGCUACCGACUACCGUUGACCUCAAUCAGCAGCUAUAUAUCUCUAGCCACCUUCGAUGCUUCAAUUAAGAAAAAAGGUUUCCAUAUGCUUGAUUUGCAAGGUGAAGUUUCAUGAGUGUGGUUGAUGUGUAAUGUGGCCUAGCAUCUAGCAUAGCAUGUCAUGGAAAGUUAAAAAUCUCACCAAACUCAUUGAAAGUAUCGCUUUCCUAUGGAAUCGUAAACCAUUCAACGAUCUACCUAAUAAUAUCACUCAUUUGAGACAAAUCUUGAUAUCAUUGGAAAGAAUUUUUUUACUAAACUUGUCUCCGGUCUUCAUAUACUUGCAUUCUCUUUCGUUCUAUCAUAUACAACAUGAUCGAUGGAUUGAAGAUCAAGAACACAACUUUACAUUUCCAAUCCUCAUUCAUUCAUUGUCUUUUGUGUUCCGAGUUCUGUAUCCACGUCUUAGUCCUUGUGUUGCAGUCUGUGUUACAAGUCCAAGGUUACUUCAACAAUUGGCAAAUUAAAGAGAAAUGUGAAAGGCUCACGUCACUGGUAUGACUAACUAGUAGAGAACUGCCACCAACCCACUGUAUAAUUGUCGAAUGAUGACCAGAAAGUUUCCCCUGUAGUAUGAUGGAUAUAAGAAUCUUGGAGGGUGUCUGCUGGAGGAAUGGAGGAUGAAUCGAGAAGGGAAAGCUCCUUUUCGGUGCUGCUUCUACUGGGAUGAGUCGCCUGCAGGUGCCAUUUCCGCCGGCUGGAGCUUCUCCCGUCGGGGAAGAUUCCGUCUCGCAGAUGAUGGCGGCGUGGGGCUGGCGACUCCACCCAGGAAAAUGUGCGGCUGGAGCUUCUCUGCUGGAGGAGAAAUCGAGAAGGGGAAAGCUCGAACGCGGGGUUGGCGAGGCGUGGGGCUGGCGGAGGAAGACGAUGGGGCUGGUGGUGGUUUGGGUGGAGAAGGAAGUGGCGGCCGGCGGGUCUGUUGGAGGGAGAGGGAGAUGUCGGCUGGGCUGCGAGGAGUCGAGUGAGGUCGAGCGAGGAGUUCUUCUAGGUUAUGGGUGAAAGAGUUGGGUAAAAAACGGCGCCGUAGGAUCAAGGAGGAAAAAGAAAAAAAAAUGUGGUUGCGGUGAUUCGAACGCGGGCUCUUAUUAAUAGCUAGCGCGCGAUUUCCGCUGGGAAACGGGGGAAUAACCCGUCCCCUUACUUAUAGAAAACGACUAUUUAUUGUUUAUCCACAGCUUUCCCAUUUGUAACAAUUGAUUUUUUCCAACGAAAACGAGAUGGACAAGUGAACACGUUUUUUGUCAUUUGUUUCUUGUUUUUUAUUUUUUAAACAAAAAAUAGAAAACGAAAUGGGAAAUGAACAGAGCAUUAGUUUUAAACGUUCACGGGAAUGCUUGGAAUUUGUUAGGAAUCAGGAUAUGUUAGUAAUUGUUAUGAACUCCUUUUACUACAAAAAAAAUUGUUAUGAACUCCUUAUUUUCUUGAUCUUGCUGUUGUUAGUUUUGUGUAACUAAAUGACCUUGAUAGAAAUGGAUUGGGAUAUUAUUUUAUUUUGACUAAUAUAAAUAUGAGCAGUCGGAUAAUUACUAUUAUAUAAUUGGUUCUUUGAUAUUAUUUUUGACUAAUAUUUUUUUUUUACGAAAAAGAUCGCUUGUAUUACCAAAAAUAACAAAGUUACAAUAACUCGACCUCCGAGCACAACCACACCCGGAAAUCAAAACCAUUCCCCCCUUAGGAACAAAUUCAGGGCUUUCUUGGCCAUCAUCUGGGCCACCCUAUUGUUUUGUCUACCUACAAACUGCACACUAAAAUCCAAGUGGUUAUCGAGGAGGAUGCGAACUUCUUGGAAAAUAGCUCCGACCUUCGCGUCCCUAGUGAUCCUGGUAUUUAUCUUGCAAAUCACCAUCUUAGCAUCACCAACGAAGCGAACACUUGCAAGCCCCCCCCCCCCCCCUCCCCCCAACACCACCGUAGCGCAUCCCGAAAAGCCAUCAACUCUAUCACCAUUGGACCAAACAAACCUCAUAGGAAAUUCCUCUGGCCAUUAGGACCUCGCCGUUGUCAUCCCGAAUCACAAAGGCCACCUCACCAUGAGACUCAGACCUUACCGCUCCGUCAAAUUGACACACUACACCUCCCGGUAAGACGGCUGGCAUUUCUCCCUGCUCGUCCAAAGCAGUAGGGACCACCCCUCCACCGUGAGAGAGACUUGCUACCCAUUCUUUGACUUGGAAGUGAAAUUUUCUUACCAAGACGGCCAUCGUCCCCUGCACUCCUUCAAAAGCCACCAAGUUUCUGGAUUCAAGAUUCUCCAGAGCAACAGGAGACGAGUAACCAUGUUUGGCGAAGAGUCACGUUCCAAGAACCGAUGAAAGAAAAUAGCAAAACCCCCACUUGGCGAAGCCUCAAGGGCUGACAUCAAACCCGAAGUCUCCCAUAAUGUCAACGCCACAGGGCAGGAGAAAAAUAAGUGUUCAAUAGUUUCUUCCGCCCCCAGCAAACUGGACAUCUUGGUAACACAUGAACCUUCUUCACAAUUAAAGCUUCCAUAGUCGGAAAAGUGCGCUGCAGUAGUUGCCAAGUGAAUAAGCGGAGCUUAGGCUGAACCUCAAAGGCCCAAACCUUCUUCCACAAGGAACUAUCCAACGGAUCGCAGAUGGCCUUACUCCUCCCCGUCGGCCGGUUCAAAGACUCAACCAAUCUAUACCCCGACUUCACGGUAUAAAUCCCCGAGGGGUCA